AUGGACUCGAAGAAAACUCCACUAGGAUCCAAAGAUGAAGUUUCUGCAGCAUCCCGAGAGGAACAGCAGCAGCAUCAGCAAGUGCAAAUGGAGACUCUCCAACGGGAACCACAAGGAGCACGCUUAGGACGGGACGCUGAAGAUGUCACCUUUAGCUCACUUGGCGUGUGUGCCUCCCUUUGCUCCGUUUUACACCACCUUUCCCUGUUGGAGCCAACACCGGUUCAACGCUGCUCUCUGCCUUUGGGCCUUUCCGGCCAUGACUUCUGCGCCAUAGCCCCCACUGGUACUGGCAAAACUCUUUGCUAUUUAUUGCCGUUGCUCCAGCGUAUCCAACAGGGGAUGGGACACACGUUUAUGUCUAUCGUGCUGCUACCGGCGCGCGAACUUGUCUCUCAAGUAGGAGAGCAGUUUGGUGUGUACGGACAGCAUCUAGGUCUUAGGUGGGUCGAGGUUACGGGAGGAAGAGACAUGAUGCUCGAGGCAGAGGCGCUGCAGCAGCAAGCUCCACACGUCGUUCUCGCCACCCCGGGGCGGCUGUCAGACUUGCUGCAUCGUGAGAGAGGCCUUGCAGCAGCCGAAGCAGCAGCAGCAUCAGCAACGCUAGACGCAUCCGGCAAUAAACAUGAGGACAACAGCGCCAAUAAUACCAGCCACAGGAGCUGUGACGUCGCAGGCAGUGCUAAGGUGCCUCCUCGCUGGUCACGAGGACCGAUUCACGAGCGGUUGCAGGCAGUCGAUUGUUUAGUACUAGACGAAGCUGAUCGGCUUUUGAAUGAAGAGUUUGGCCCUGAUUUGCGUUUGCUGCUGUCGUCGCUGCCGGCGUCUUCAGCUGGGAGACAGACGCUGCUGCUCUCUGCCAGCACCAGCCCCGCGUUGCUACAGCUGCAGCAACAAUUCGGCGAUUCCCGAAUGCCCCUGCUGCUGCCUGAAAAAGCAGCAAAAUGUCCGCCCUUGCUGCAGCACAGGUAUAUAUUUGUUCCGGCUGCAAUGCGCGGGGUAUAUGUACUACAUCUGCUGCAGCAGGAGCCAUUUGCUUCGCAAAGGGGCAUCAUAUUUAGUGGUUCUGUGAGGAAGACACAGCAGCUUGCGACGGCUUUGCAACAGCUGGGGGUGGACUGCGUUUGCAUUCAUUCGUUGCUACACCAGCACCAACGGGUUGCUGCUCUAAAAGCAUUUCGAAGCCAGCACAAACGAAUAUUGGUAGCAACAGAUGUGGCAGCUCGAGGACUGGACCUCCCCAACUUAGACUUCGUAGUAAAUCUUCAGCCUCCGAAGGAGCCGGAGGUGUACGUACACCGAGUUGGCAGAACUGCCAGGGCGGGAAGAAAAGGGUUGGCCAUAACAUUUGUUGACCCAACAGAUGUUGCACCGGUACACCGCGUGGAGUCUUACAUCGGCCGUCGCCUUGAAGAGCAGCCGCUUCCUCCCCUGGGUUUGGCUCGGGUAGUGCGAGAUGUGUUGUCUGCGGAGGUAAAAGCGGCGGAAAAGCUUCGGGCCAACGGCUUCAACCAAAAGGCUGAAGUUUACGAAAUAGCACAGAGGGAGUACAGAAGGCUGAGAACUGAACGGAGAAGCAAAACAUAA